GCUGUUUUAAAAGUCAGGACAUAACGCAUAUAUUGGAUUGUUAAGAAGGACAGUGUAUACAAAUGAUGGCCACGACGACUGCGAAUCCAUACGUCGUGAAUAACACGGGUGGCAUACCAACUAGCCUAGUACAAGGCUUGGACAUAGAACGGGACACAAUGCAAAACACUGGUUAUAUACACAGAGACGAUAUGAAAUAUAUGUCAGCACAACAGAAUGGACAUCACCUGUCUCAUCAAUGGGGUGUUUUACAACACACUGAUACUAGUCACUGGGGCCAAACUAUGGCCCAGGCUCACCACAUGUACGGCCGCGCCGAGCAGGACAUUAAACCACAAGCAGAAGCUCCCCUGCAUCACCGGGGGCCCGGGGGACAACAAAUACACCCGGCUCACGGUUGGGCUACACCUGUAACGUCAAUGCAGACACAUCUCGGUAUGAACAUGAAUCUGAGUAAUGGGGGACUAGGGGCACCCCCUCUUCAGCACCCUGGGUACGGCAUGAAUGGAAUGAUGUCCCCGAGCCAGGGGCUACAUCAUCUUAGAGACAUACGUGAAAGCGAUGGUUCCGAAUACGCGGACCAUCACGAUCUAGCGUCUGACGAAGACGCACCAACAUCGGACGAUUUAGAAGCGUUUGCAAAACAGUUCAAACAGAGGAGAAUAAAAUUAGGAUUCACACAAGCCGACGUUGGACUUGCUUUGGGCACACUCUAUGGUAACGUAUUUAGUCAAACUACCAUUUGUAGAUUCGAGGCAUUACAACUCAGUUUUAAAAAUAUGUGCAAAUUGAAACCCCUCUUGCAAAAAUGGCUCGAGGAAGCAGACUCUACCACUGGCAAUCCUACUAGUAUUGACAAAAUAGCAGCUCAGGGGCGUAAGAGGAAAAAGCGCACAAGUAUCGAAGUGACAGUAAAAGGAGCGCUCGAGAAUCAUUUUCUAAAAGUGCCCAAGCCGGCCGCCCAAGAGAUUCAACACCUAGCAGACUCGUUACAACUCGAGAAAGAAGUCGUGCGAGUUUGGUUCUGUAACAGACGACAGAAAGAAAAGAGAAUGACUCCGCCAGUAAUGGGCCCAAAUGGUGAGAUUUUGUUGCCAGAUUCCAUGCAAAAUUCGCCGCAAUCCCAGCAUGAAUCCCCGCUUCACGUGAAUCAUGGUUCCCCCGGGAGUAUGCACCAACACGGGGGAGGGUCACCGUUGAUGCAACAUACGUCAAUCCCAUCCCCAUAUUCCGUGCCACCACAAUCUUCAACGUCACCUACAAUGACUUCUACAGGGUAUCACUCAUACACAACCCAUACGAGCCAUUCGUAGAAUCCCCAAACCUCAGCAUUAUGCAUGGACUUCUCUAAUAGGAAGCCUUGUUCAUGAAACUCGUGUCAAACCGAGCAUUGAUCCGCAACCAGGAACAACUUGGACAUUCCAAGCGCGAUGGACAUGUCACGGGCUUGAAGCCUGAAGCGACACCUGUCGGAAUAUAUCCCUGUUACGUCACCGGGACGUUGAAGCAGACGACAAUAACAACAACGACUGCACAAGCUCUAGUGACAUUCAGUGAAUCACAUGGAAUCAGAUGAGUAUUGUAUUUUGUUGAUCCCUCAGCAAAAAUGAACAGUGACAUUACUUGAACGAUCCAAAUCUACUCAUUUUGAACUUAGGGACGUUCUCCUAAAAUCAAGUCAGCAAUCAGAAAAGUAUAAUAUAUAUAAAUAGUGUAUAUAUUGACAUUAGUAAUUAUAUUAAUAAUAUAUGCCUAGAUCUCAUGAUAGGUGAAUUGGGUAUAUAGUACACUGCAAAUAAAAGCUUAUUGGUAUUCAUGAUACGUUGCCCUAAAAGAUUUAUUGACACAAAAUUGCACUUCACUUGGUUCUGAACAGGGUACAUCUCGUGUUAAAAACACAAAACCCUCUGAAUCAACCUAUAUUCAUAUUUUGUAACCUUUUGCUCAUUUUUGAAAAUACACUUGAAUUUAAAAAAUCGAAAAUUCACCUGUUAAAUGAAAGCAACGCUGAAUGAGCUCCUGUGUUAAGAUUUUUACACCUUUGUUGGUUUAUGUGGGUCAAAAGAAUCGUAAAGAAUUGUGGAAUAAAUAUCAAUGACUGUCUGUUUCAAUAUCAAAUUUUGUUUUGAUAUCAUUGAUCUAAAGAGUUACCAAUAGCUUGGAUGAUAUUUUAUGACAGACUCGAACAAAUUGAAAAAGAUUAUACCCAUUUUGAGCAAUAAUAUCCUUCCCCCGAGGCAGCCCUUUUUAUAAGCGCUAAUACUGCAGACAUCUUAGUUAUUAGAGAAGUGUUAAUUUGAUAAUGCCGUUUAAUACCCAUCACUUUACACAGAUUUUAGAGAAACAUGCAAAUUAAACAUUUAUUUUCGGUCUGCAAUAAUACGCCAUAUUUAUUUUCGAACUUAAAUGAAAAUUAAUGAUGUUUUCAAAAUACAGCUAAUUUGAUAAAAUCCUAAAUUUGAUUUUGACAUAAUUCAAAACCGAUUAAUUCACUCCUGAAACAUUUAAGCUGUUCCGAU